CUGAAAUCUUGCCGCAGUUGUUCACCCUGAUCGUUAGAUAACCGAUACACAUUGAUAGUAGAUACUAGAUAUCCACUGUCCACUACUCCACUGGCAGGAUGCCGAUGCACUCGAUACACGUGCGCACGUUUUUGUCGACGAUAUAAUUCUGACGACUUAGUCAAGACCAUUACCGACCGCGUGUCAUUCCUAUACGAUUUUCAUCGAUUCAUCAUCAACCAGCGAUUAAUUGCCGUUCGCUAGUGUUUCGUCCGUCAAGCCGGUUGCCGCACACCAUCAAACGCGAUUCCGGCCGUAAAACCUUUGGCGUAUCUGUUGGGAAAACGAAUCGCGUUCGUUGUUUUUCGUCGGUUUUGCAAUAGGUUUCGCACCACCAACUCUUUUGCACUUCGAUCAGCGCAGCGCCCACGAUGGUUUUACAGUACACAAGCACAGCUGUCGACCCACCUGUAACGUUGCUGAGAGGUGUAGACAGCUAUGAAAACGAUGAACUGAUUGAAAAUAUGUUACCUGAAGAUGUGUGGUUUCAUGUAGAUAAUCUCUCAUCAGCACAUGUGUACCUAAGGUUAAAAGAGNNNCAAACAAUUGAUGAUAUACCUAAAGAAUUGUUAGAAGACGCAUGCCAAUUAGUUAAAGCAAACAGUAUUCAAGGAUGCAAAUUAGCAGAAGUUAAGGUAGUCUACACUAUGUGGUCAAAUCUUAAGAAGCUACCAGGCAUGAAACCUGGGGAAGUGUCAUUUUUGAAUCCUAGUAGUGUAAAAAAGGUUAAUGUGAAAAAAGAGAAGACCAUUGUUAAUAGAUUACAGAAGACCGAAAAAAGUAUAGUAAUUGAUUACGAGAGCGCAAGGGCUGAAAGGGAACGUAGAGAAAUUGAAAAGAAGAAAGCAGCAAGAAAAAUAAAUUUAGAAAACAAAAAAGAAGAAGAGCGUAGGAACCGCGAAGCUGCUGAACUAAAGUCUUACUCAUCUCUUAUGAAAACUGAAAACAUGACGGCCAACACUGAUUACUCUGGCUAUGAUUCAGACAGUUUUAUGUAAACACACGCACAAAAUAAAAUAAACAAAUAAAAAAUAAGAACUUAUAAAUUCAGUGAGCUUAUCAUUAUUUGUAGUUACUUGUUUACACUUAAGUUAAAAAAUAUUUUUGUCUCAUCAAUGUAUUUUUUUUUUUUAAUAAAUGAGCUUAAUUAAUAUUUU